CCCAAAUUAGAUAAAUAGAAACAAAAGUGAUUAUCUCUGUUAAAAUUAAUCCAUUUAUAAAUUAAAAAAAGCUCAAUAGUGAAAAUUAUUAAAUAUAAUCAUAAAAAUAUUGAACGAAAUAUUUGUACACAAACUGUUAGGUUUCAAAAUUUGAAAAAAAUGAAAUUUGAAUAUCCUGUUGCACGAAGAGAUGAAACUGUCGUUGAUGAUUAUCAUGGUGUCAAGGUACCUGAUCCAUAUCGUUGGUUAGAAGAUCCUGAUGCAGAAGAAACAAAAGAAUAUGUAACUGCCCAAAAUGCUGUGACACGUCCAUAUUUAGAUUCAUGUCCAUAUAGACAAAAAGUUAAGGAUCAAUUAUCAAAAUUAUGGAAUUAUCAAAAAUAUUCGUGUCCUGAUAAACAUGGGGACAGAUAUUUCUUUUUAAAAAACACAGGAUUGCAAAAUCAAAGUGUUUGGUAUGUCCAGGAUAGUUUAGAAGGUGAAGCUCGAGUAUUUUAUGAUCCAAAUACACUAUCCAAAGAUGGUACAGUAGCUGUUUCAGCCGCUAGUUUUAGUGAGGAUGGAUCAAUAUUUGCGUAUGGUUUAAGUUCCAGUGGAUCUGAUUGGAUCACAAUACAUUUUAUGAGAGUUGAUACCGGUGAAAAAUUACCUGAAGUAUUAGAAAAAGUCAAAUAUUCAUCAAUUUGUUGGACUCAUGAUAACAAAGGAAUAUUUUAUGGCUGCUAUCCUGAAGCUUCAGAGAGCGCAGAUGGAAGUGAAACUGAAAGUAAUAGUCAUCAAAAAUUAUACUAUCAUAGAAUUGGUACUUCUCAGGAUCAAGAUGUUUUAGUUGUAGAAUUUCCUGAAGAUCCUUUGCUUAGAAUUCAUGCCACUGUCAGUGACUGUGGUAAUUGGUUAAUAUUAACGCCAUUAAAAGAAUGUAAAGAUUAUUUGUUAUAUUUUUGUAAUUUAAAAGAAGCUGGUGAAAUCACUGGUAAAUUAAAAAUUAAACAAAUUGUACAUGAAUUAGUCGCCGAUUAUGUAUAUAUUACAACAAUCGAUGAUAUGCACGUAUUUCGAACAAAUCGUAAAGCACCUAAUUACCGAUUAAUUGGUAUUGACGUGAAUCAACCAGAAGAAGAAAAUUGGAAGACAAUCGUACCAGAACAUGAAAAAGAUGUAUUAUAUUGGGCAAUGCCUGUUAAUAAAGACCAAAUGGUUAUCUGUUAUAUUCAAGAUGUUAAAAAUACGUUACAAUUACAUAAAAUAACGGGUGAACAUAUACUUAAUUUCAAAUUAGAUGUUGGUACAAUUGCCGAAUUUUCUGGUAAAAAAAAGAAUAGUGAAAUGUUUUUCCUGUUUACCUCAUUCUUAACACCCGGUACAAUAUAUCAUUGUGAUUUAGCAAAAACACCAGUUGAACCCACGAUUUUCAGAGAAACGAAAGUGGAAGGUUUAGAUCGAACAAAAUAUACAACAGACCAAGUAUUUUAUCCAAGUAAAGAUGGUACGAAAAUUCCAAUGUUUAUUGUACGGAAAAAAGACUCGAAACAAGACGCUUCUCAACCGUGUGUUCUCUAUGGUUAUGGUGGUUUUAAUAUAAGUGUUCAACCAUUCUUUGGAGUCAAUACUUUACUGUUUAUGCAACACUUAAAUGGUAUUGUGGCUAUUGCAAAUAUUAGAGGUGGCGGAGAGUAUGGUGAAGCUUGGCAUAAUGGCGGACGUUUUGGUAAUAAACAAAAUGUCUUUGACGAUUUCCAAUGUGCCGCUGAAUAUUUAGUAAAAGAAAAAUACACCAAGUCGAAGUUAUUAGCUAUUCAAGGUGGUUCAAACGGUGGACUUUUAGUUGCUGCAUGCAUUAAUCAAAGACCUGACUUAUUUGGUGCUGCUCUAUGUCAAGUUGGUGUACUCGACAUGUUACGGUACCAUAAAUUUACGAUUGGAUAUGCGUGGGUGAGUGAUUAUGGAAGUUCUGAUGAUCCAAAACAGUUUGAAUACUUGUACAAAUAUUCACCACUUCAUAAUACAUUUGUGCCUUCUGAAGAAAAAGGACAAUAUCCAGCGACAUUAUUAUUUACGGCCGAUCAUGAUGACCGUGUAGUGCCUUUACAUUCAUUAAAAUUUAUUGCUCAACUCCAUCAUUCAAUAUCAAAAUCCGAUUACCAAACCAAUCCAGUUAUGAUACGUGUCGAACAAAACGCUGGGCAUGGACGAGGUAAACCUACCAUGAAAUUGAUUGAUGAAGGUACCGAUUCAAUGUGUUUCUUAAUACAAUCAUUAGGUUUGAAAUUCUACGAUUGAUUUUGAUUGUCUUUGUGUUUUGUAUUUAAAAUAAUAUCAAAUUAAUUGUG